AUGUCCGAUAAUUCAAUCAGUGGGUUUGUGAGCCGCAAUAAAAAGGCUAUUUUGACGGCAGUUGCUGUUUCUGGUGUUGCAGCUGGUGCAUACUAUAACUACAGGAAGCUACAGCAAGAACAGAAGGGAUCUAGCAGUGGUAGUGGUGCAAGCAAAGGGUCCUCGAAGAGUGGGAAGAAGAAGAAUAAGAAGAAGAAGAAGGAUUCUUCUUCUUCUGGAUCUGCUUCUCCAUCUGGCGAGAGCAAGAGUUCUGUUCCACCAUACCCAGUGAAUGCUAAAGGUGAGCCGGACUUAUCCAACAGAGAAUCUUUUACUCCUGAACAGAUCGACAGCUAUGCGUUGGCUUUGAAGGACAAGGGUAACGAAUUUUUUAAGGCGAAGGAUUUCGAGAAGGCGAUUGAGUACUACACACUUGCGAUCUCUUUGAAGGAGGAUCCAGUGUUCUAUUCGAACAGAUCUGCUGCUUAUGUAUCGAUCAACAACUUUGAGAAGGUUGUUGAGGACACCACUGCUGCAUUGAAGCUAAAACCGGACUACUCCAAGUGCUGGUUGAGAAGAGCUAGUGCUUACGAAAACCUGGGCAACUUCUCUGAGGCUAUGUUUGAUUUGUCUGCGGUCUCUUUGCUUGGUGAAUACAGUGGUCAAUCCGUGGAACAGCUUCUAGAAAGAAACAUGAACAAACAGGCUACCAAGGUAUUGGGCGAGAAAUUGAAGGAAAACCAAGGUAAAGAGUCUCAACUCCCAUCAAACACUUCUUUGGCCUCUUUCUUCGGUAUCUUUGACCCAGUCACCACUUUCGAUGACUACGAUGAAGAAAAUGAAGCUGAUGUUGUGUUGAAGGACGCUUUGGUUAACUUGUUCAAGAGUCAAACCGGUUGUUACGAAGUUGCUGACGAAAAGUUCACUAAGGCUGCUGAAUUGUACAGAUCCCAAUUGGAAGAAUCCCCAGACAACGAAAGUUUGAAGAAGAAGGCUGCUAUCGCUCUUGAACACGUUGGUAUUUUCAAGUUCUUCAAGAACGACCCAAUCACUGCACACAUUAACCUAGAAGAAUCUUUGUCCUUGCACCCAAGAUCGUCUACUUACAUUUACAUGGCUUUAAUCAUGGCCGACAAGGGUGAAGCAAACCAAUACAAGGAAUACUUCGACAAGGCUUUGGAAUUGGAUCCAAACUGCUCUGCUGUCUACUACCACCGUGGCCAAAUGCACUUUGUUGUUGAAAACUUCAAAGAAGCUGGUGCCGACUUCGACAAGGCUAAGGAAUUGAACCCAGAUAACAUUUUCGCUUACAUUCAAAGCGCUUGUUUGGCGUACCGUGAAGAUAAGUUUGAUGACUGUGAAACUUUGUUCAGCGAAGCUAGAAGAAAGUUCCCAACUGCUCCAGAAGUUCCAAACUUCUAUGCUGAAAUCUUGGCUGCCAAGAACUCUUUGGAAGCUGCUAUAAAACAAUACGACAUUGCCAUCAAGCUAGAAGAAGCUCUUCCUGGUAUCCACGUUGGUAUCGCUCCAAUGAUUGGUAAGGCUACUGCUUUGUCAAGAAACCCAACUGUUGAAAACUACGUCGAAGCUACCAAGUUGUUUGAAGAAGCUUGUCAAAUCGACCCAAGAUCUGAACAAGCCAAGAUGGGCCUUGCUCAAUUGAAGUUGCAACAAGAAGAAAUCGACGAAGCAAUUCAAUUGUUCGAAGAUGCUGCUGAAUUGUCCAGAUCCUUCGAAGAAAAGUUACAAGCUACAACCUUCGCUGAAGCCACCAAGGUUCAAAAGAAGAUUAGAGCAGAUCCAUUUGUCAAAAGCAAGAUCGAUGAAGCGCUAGCUGCUUACCGUGCCCAAGGCUUGGUUUAA